AUCCAGCCCAUAGUGCUCUGCAUUGGAUGUAGUCUUCAAUGUCAAAUUGCCCUUGGCCUCCACAUGAACAAGAACUCUUUCUAAUUUCUAUUUGGAUUUAAGAAAAAAAAAAUUGAAGGUGAAAUGGCCUCUCAGGGAGUGAAGAUCUUGAUGUCGCUGGAUGCUGAGGCGGUGAGCUCACUCAAAGAGGGAAUCAAUUUCAAGAAAAACCCAGACGACGGAAAAUGUUACAUCAUAUACAAGAGCGAGGACACCUUCAGAGCUUGCAAGAACCAGUGCAAACACCAAGGAGGGCUGUUCAUCAAAGAUAUCGAGGACUUGGACGGCAGGACUGUAAAAUGUACAAAACAUAACUGGAAGCUGAAUGUGUCAACAAUGGAAUACGUGAACCCACCUGACAGCUUCAUGCAGGAUGACCUGGAGGUUGAGAUGCUGGAUGGGGGGGGUCUUCAGCUGGUGGAGUUGAGCCCCCCAGACCCCUGGCUGGUUGACCCUCAAGAUCGUCUGGAGCUGCAGGAAGGGGAGGUGAAGGUGACAUACCUCACCCAUGCCUGCAUGGAGCUGCAGCUCGGGCAGUGGCGGUUCAUGACAGACCCGUGGCUGAAGGGUCCUGCCUUUGCCAGAGGCUGGUGGCUCCUCCAUGAGCCUCCAGCAGAUUCCCUGGACCGACUAUGUGGAGCGGAUUUCAUCUACAUCAGCCAUAUGCACUCAGACCACCUCAGUUACCCAACACUGAAGGUCUUGUCAGAGAGGAGGCCAGACAUCCCUAUUUAUGUUGGUGACACAUCGAGACCAGUUUUUUGGUACUUGGAGCAAAGCCAGGUCAAGCUGACUAACAUCAACGUGGUUCCCUUUGGUGUCUGGCAAAACGUGGAUGAGCAUCUGAGAUUCAUGAUCCUGAUGGAUGGCGUGCAUCCUGAAAUGGACACCUGCAUCAUCAUCGAAUACAAAGGUCACAUGAUUCUGAACACGGUGGACUGCACCCGGCCGAACGGGGGCAAGCUGCCGCAGAACGUGGACCUGAUGAUGAGCGACUUUGCUGGGGGAGCGUCUGGGUUCCCAAUGACGUUCCAUGGAGGGAAAUACACUGAGGCGUGGAAAGCAGAGUUCAUCAAGACUGAAAGGAGGAAGCUGCUGAACUACAAGGCCACGCUGGUGAAAUCCCUGCAGCCAAGGAUCUACUGCCCGUUUGCCGGCUACUUUGUGGAGGCUCAUCCAUCAGACAGGUACAUUAAGGACACAAAUACCAAAAACAAUCCAGAGGAACUCAAUGCUCUCAUCAAUAAGACGGCGCCAGGCAUCGUAACAUGGACACCAAAGCCAGGCGCUGUGCUGGACCUCUGCCUCGCUCUGAGAAGCCCAGUCGACAGUGAGGCCAUCACCAAUCCCCCAGCAAGUGCACAAAUCUACAAGGACAACUGGGAUUUCGACUUGUAUGUGGAUGAACUGAACAGUGCCGUCAGCUGUGAGAUAUUUAAGCGUCAUGGCUGGAUCCAGUUUUAUUACACCUGGGCAGGCUUUAAAAACUACAACCUUGUUGUGCGGGUGAUUGAGACGGAUGACAACUUCACGCCGCUCAACAAUGGCCAUGACUACUUAGUGGACUUCCUCGAUCUGUCCUUCCCCACUAAGAGGCCUGACAGAGAGCACUCUUAUGUAGAGAUUAGAAACAGGAUCGGGGUGAUGAGGUACGUGGUGAAGAACGGCCUUCUCUGGGACGACCUGUACAUCGGCUUCCAGAACCGCAUCAGCCGAGAUCCAGACAUCUACCAUCACAAGUUUUGGAACCACUUCCAGAUAGAGCUCCCCGUUACCAAGCCGAACUGGGACGAGUUCCUGCAGCAGGUCCCGCCCGAGCAGGAGCCCGAUGCACUGGACGACGGAAAACAAGGAAGCUACUGUGUAUUAGCAUAAACUGGACACCUGUGUUUCAUGGUGGACGGAGAUUAUGUUGAAAAUCGGACAGACAACAGAUGCUCCUCUGAAAAUAUUUAUAAUUUAUGUCUUCUAGGCUGCUCUUCCCUAUCCUACAAUACUCUACAAUAGUCUCACAUGUGGUGGACGAGCAUGAGCUGAUAGAAAGUUGGUAGAAAAGAUUUGCUUCUGAUCUCUGCUGCGGUUUACAAAAUGACAGUGUGAUCGGGAACUUUGGGUAAAUGUUAUAUCAGACAUCAUUGGGGUCAUAAAAGGAGAUGGCGUACUCGCCCACGGGCAGUCGAGCUGCAACCGAGACCGGACCUGUGUGUCUUCUAAUGUUGCCUCUAUCUCAUGCUCUGAUGUGCACGUUGUCAUUUGCUUUCCAUAUUUGUUUAUGCUCUGAGAACGUCAUUUUUUGUUUUUGACAAUGUCUUUGGAAGGUUAGGGUUAGGGUUAAGCCUUUGUUG